UUGAUGGAAGGAUGCCUCAUCGCAAACAAAUGGACUUGUAAUCAACUCAACCGACGGGUCUACUUGUACAUCACAAACUCAACCCGACAACGACACUCGCCUCGGAGCACUUGAGAAUGAAGCCUCUCCCAGACGCGCCUGCGGACGAAGCUCCGCCGCCGUACGAAGCGGAAUCGAGCUCAGGACCGCCGAGGCCGUUGUCGCCUCCGUCAACGUCGCUGUCGCCGUCGUCGGUGGCUCGCCAGUUCCCACCUGCGUUCAAUGUCUACACGCAGAGCUUCAGCCGGACGUUGCUCCUCGGCGAACACCAGAACCAGCCGUUCUACGCCUUGUCGAUACACAGUGGCUUCACCAGCUCGCCGCCGAUCGUUCUGCACUCUGGGCCGGCAAACACAUCCCCGCCACUGGCAUCGGUGGACUAUCACAGCUUCAGCACCAAGAUGAGCAUGACGCUGCCCCCCGCGCCAAAAGGCAGUCCCGGAGGCGCGCCCAUCAUCGAAUUGGAAUACAACCUGGACUUUCCCACGUUAAACUACGCCUUUGCGAUGGGUGUUGGUCCGAACUGCGAACGGCUCGAGCGGUUCGAGUGGAGAUCGAGCUCCGGCGAAGCCAUCGCCAUGCUGGACGGCAGAAGCAGAGGCUGGAAGCUAGUCAGACUGGCCCAGUCAGCGGGGCCUGCGGGCUAUAGGAGUAGUGACGGUAAGGAAGUGGUGGCAGUCUGGACGGAUGCCGGACUGAGCAUGACCAAGGUGGCCAAGUUCGCGUUCACGGGCAGCGGCCUGACGGGUGAGCUGGGUGAACGGUGGGCGAUCAUGGCCGUCAUUUCGGGCCUGGCCAUCUGCGAGCGACAGAGGCAGCGGAGGCGCAACAACGGCAAAACGCCGUCUGUAAUGUAACCGUUUCGUUUUGUUUAGUUUGGAUACCCAGCAAGCAUCUUUUUUUGGAAGAAUCGACAGGAAUAGCU